GGUUUUAAAAACUAUUUUUUGAGGUAUUCUUAACUACUUUUACUUUCUCUCCUAUAUCUGCUCGAGGUGUGACCAUUUGAAACUAUAGGCUAUAACCUAAUUCCAUAUGGCUGCCAGCGCCACCACCUCUUCCACCACCUGCGGCGGUUUCUUCAGUUUCCGAUCAUCAAAUUCCUCUGACCAGUCAUACAGGGUCCGCGACUCCUCGAGUCAAACAGCUUCUGCAGGUUGCGGUGGAAAGCUCGAUGGUGUGGCUAUGUGGUUCGUCAACGGCGUUACAAUGGCUUUUUUUGCUUCUUUGAAUCGUUGCUCUUGCAUCCGCAUCGCUACUAAAGAAGAUUCAGAAGAUGCCAACGAUUUGCCGUUGAUGUUCGACGACGGUAAUCUCCGCCAUGAUGGUGUCGCCGCCGCCACCACAAGCCGGAGAAGGACCGGUAAAGGGGAGAAAAGUGGAGCUGUACUUGUCGAUUAACACUAAUCGGGAUGAUGAGUUAAUGUCUCUUUAAUUUCAUGGUAAGUCAUAUUAUAAAUAUUAAUAAUAUAUAUAAUAAUACAUAUGUCAAAGUUUUUCGAAUUGUGCGUUCAAAUCAAAGCUUAUUUUAAAUUUGGAGUGAUGAAAAAUGAAUAUCAAUCAAGAAACUGUAAUGUUAUUCCUUUAAUUGUUAUACAUAUAAGAAUGGUUGAUUUCGUAUAGUA